UGCCCUGUGCGCACGCGCAGCACCGUUGGCGCCGCGCGGGAGGCGGCGGGCGCGGAGCGGAGCGGGGCCUGGGCCGCGAUGCCGCGGGAGAUCAUCACCCUGCAGCUGGGCCAGUGCGGCAACCAGAUCGGGUUCGAGUUCUGGAAGCAGCUCUGCGCCGAGCACGGCAUCAGCCCCGAGGGCAUCGUGGAGGAGUUCGCCACCGAGGGCACCGACCGCAAGGACGUCUUUUUCUACCAGGCAGAUGAUGAGCACUACAUCCCACGGGCCGUGCUGCUGGACCUGGAGCCCCGAGUUAUCCACUCCAUCCUGAACUCCCCUUAUGCCAACCUGUACAACCCAGAAAACAUCUACCUGUCAGAGCACGGAGGGGGUGCUGGGAACAACUGGGCCAGUGGCUUCUCCCAGGGCGAAAAAAUCCAUGAAGAUAUUUUUGACAUAAUAGACAGAGAAGCUGAUGGGAGCGACAGUUUGGAAGGCUUUGUGCUUUGCCACUCCAUUGCCGGUGGAACUGGCUCCGGGCUGGGCUCGUACCUCCUGGAGAGACUGAAUGACAGGUAUCCCAAGAAGCUGGUGGAGACCUACUCGGUGUUCCCAAACCAGGAUGAGAUGAGCGAUGUGGUAGUGCAGCCAUACAACUCCCUGCUGACGCUGAAGAGGCUGACACAAAACGCUGACUGCGUGGUGGUUCUAGACAACACGGCCUUGAAUCGCAUCGCAACAGACCGGCUGCACAUUCAGAACCCAUCGUUCUCUCAGAUCAACCAGCUGGUCUCCACCAUCAUGUCUGCCAGCACCACCACGCUCAGGUACCCUGGGUACAUGAACAACGACCUCAUUGGGCUGAUAGCCUCGCUCAUCCCCACCCCCCGGCUCCACUUCCUGAUGACAGGGUACACGCCACUCACCACCGACCAGUCGGAUGUUGCUCAGAGACGCAAAUCUGAAAAACUGCUGGCUCUGAAAAGGGUGGCCAGUGUGCGGAAAACCACGGUCCUGGAUGUGAUGAGAAGAUUGCUGCAGCCUAAAAACGUGAUGGUGUCUACAGGGCGAGACAGGCAGACCAACCACUGCUACAUUGCCAUCCUCAACAUCAUCCAGGGAGAGGUUGAUCCCACGCAGGUUCACAAGAGUCUUCAGCGGAUCCGGGAAAGGAAGUUGGCCAACUUCAUCCCCUGGGGUCCUGCCAGCAUCCAGGUGGCUUUGUCCCGCAAGUCCCCUUACCUGCCCUCUGCACACCGUGUCAGUGGCCUCAUGAUGGCCAAUCACACCAAUAUCUCCUCGCUGUUUGAGCGGACGUGCCGGCAGUACGACAAGCUGCGCAAGCGGGAGGCCUUCCUGGAGCAGUUCCGCAAGGAGGACAUCUUCAAGGACAACUUCGAUGAGCUGGACAACUCCCGGGAGAUCGUGCAGCAGCUGAUCGAUGAGUACCAUGCAGCCACACGCCCCGACUACAUCUCCUGGGGCACACAGGAGCAGUGAGUGCCCUGCCAGGGGACGGGAGGGUCCCAUGGCCGCCUCCACGCACGCCGGCAGGGCUCAUCUCUGCCGUGCCCACGUUCCGCACCCCUCUCAGCGCCGCCCGGCCGCGGUGGUGCCGUCACACCGGCCACACUGCGCCCCGCGGCGGGAGCAGCUCCGCAGGGAGCAGCACUGCCCUGAAGCCCCUUGGCAGGGACAGCCCCUGCUCCACCUCAUGCCCUGGCCCAGGCUGGGACUGGGACAGCUGCGCUGUGCCCGUGGGAACCUCCACCCACAGGAGCAUGGCUGACUCGGAGGAGGAUGAGAACGAACCUAGGGGCUUGGAAUGGGCCUGGCCCAAAGAGCUGGGUGUGCACGACCCCUGUGGCCCAAGGCUCUGGGUGGCUGAGCUAGUCCUUGCCCUGGGCAGGAGCCUUGUGCCACCUCCACCAGAUCAGGCCUGGGGCACAGGUUCUAUCUAUAUUUUUGUAGGUUAUUUUGCUUUAAUAAAGGCUGUUCCUGCACUGA